AUGGCGAUUCGUUCUUUAGCCAGCAGAAGAACCCUAACCGGCCUAAAGGAGACAUCUUCGAGGCUUCUUGGUCUCCGAUCAAUCCAGACCUUCACGCUUCCUGAUCUCCCCUAUGACUACAGCGCCUUGGAGCCGGCGAUCAGCGGCGAGAUCAUGCAGAUCCAUCACCAGAAGCAUCACCAGGCUUACGUCACUAAUUACAACAAUGCCCUCGAGCAGCUCGAUCAGGCCGUCAACAAGGGAGACGCUUCCGCCGUCGUUAAGUUGCAGAGCGCCAUCAAGUUCAACGGCGGAGGUCAUGUGAACCACUCUAUUUUCUGGAAGAAUCUUGCUCCUGUCAAGGAAGGUGGUGGAGAGCCACCAAAGGGAUCUCUUGGUGGAGCUAUUGACACUCACUUUGGCUCCCUUGAAGGUUUGGUGAAGAAGAUGAGUGCUGAAGGUGCUGCUCUGCAAGGCUCAGGAUGGGUGUGGCUCGGUUUAGACAAAGAGCUUAAGAAGCUUGUGGUUGACACAACAGCCAAUCAGGAUCCACUUGUGACGAAAGGAGGAAGCUUGGUUCCUCUGGUGGGUAUUGAUGUUUGGGAGCACGCCUACUACUUGCAGUACAAGAAUGUGAGGCCGGAGUAUCUGAAGAACGUGUGGAAAGUGAUCAAUUGGAAAUAUGCAAGCGAAGUUUAUGAGAAGGAGUGCAAGUGA